AUGCCCCACAAUCCACAAUCCUCACACCCUUUUCUCCAUCAUCGUCUUCUUCUUCACAUCCUGCAAUUCCUUCGUGUUUAUGCUACCGAACCUCUGAUAACACCAACAAUGGAGUACUCAGAAUCCUCAAACGACUAUAUUGAAGAAUACGAAUCGAUUUUCACAGCGCUAGAAACCGAGUUACCGAAAGUAGAUCGUUUGCCUAAUUUCAGCGACGUGAUUGACGGAGUUCUUAGCUCCGAUGCUUUCAGUUUACACAAAUGUGUUUAUGAUUCUUCUACUCAUGCUGAUGUGGUGGAUAGUAUUAGUCUUCCGGACGUAUUCGAAUUCGACGAUUACCUUUUGGAUUUUGUUAAUAACGAUGAAACAAGCAUGCCGGAGAAGAUGGAGUCGAAGACCAGUACUACCACCACCACCACCGGAGAAGUUAAUCCGUUGGCUAGGAUUUUUAGAUUUAAAACGAAACCGAGAGGUAGGAAUGUGAAGAGGGGGAAGCCUGCAACUUAUGAUUAUUUGAAAUCGUUUUGGUAUGGAUAUGGAGAUGAUAAAUCGUUGAAGUAUAGAAGCUUUGUUGCUGUUUAUGAUGAUGAUUUGAAUAUUGGGAAAAAGAGUGAAAAGUGUAAUGUCGGGAGAAGAAAGAGGCAUAAGUCGUGGUCGGUGCCUGAGGUUUUGAAGCUGUGUGACGGAGUUUCUCAACUUGGUGUUGGGAAAUGGACGGAGAUUAAACGGUUGUUUUUCUCAUCGAUUCAUCACCGAUCAUCGGUGGAUUUGAAGGAUAAAUGGCGAAAUCUUUUGAGAGCAAGCUGCAAAUCACCAUGUGUUAAACUAAAGGGUGAAUGGGUAAAAGGCAAUGCUUCCGCGACGAUACCAAAUCAUAUCCUACGUCGAGUUAAGGAGCUUUCGGUGACACAUCCAUAUCCAAGGAAACGACAAUUGAAGAUUAAACUAUAGAAGUAGAAUUAUAGUACAAACCUAACUUUUUCUUUUUUGUUGAAGCCUUAGAAAAUAGUAUUAGAUGUCUUAUUAGUUAUUAGAGUCCAAGAUUACUACCUUUUUGACAGUGCA